GCUGCAAAUCUUCAAUGGGCCAAGUGGAACCCAAAGCCAAAUCAAAGAUCCGUUAAAAAACCAGGCGGCAGGAGACGAAGAUCUCAAAAGAAAAUAGCAAAUACAGUGUUAAACGGUCAUGAUAUUUGCCAAACACCAACAUAUGUUGCUGACUUGGAUACGGAAAACACACAAAUAUUCGGAAACGAAUUUUAA